AUGUCGCUGGCUGCUGUGAUCAACCCACUCGGCUUCUCGCUCUUUCGAUUGCUAACAUCGCGGCCUGGCGAGAACGUCCUUAUCUCCCCGCUCUCCAUUUCCGGUUGCCUGUCAAUGGUGGCAGCUGGUGCUACAGAGGGAUCCGGAGCUCAAAAGGAGCUGAUGACCUUGCUCAAGGCUUUGGUUCCGAGUUUGCCCCCUGACAGCACCGUGAAAAUGGACAACUCCGCGUGGGUUCGAAUGUUGAUCCGCCCCGAGUUCGUGGAAGAAGUCCAAGGCAAGUUCGGUGCAGAUGCCCAGCAGCUCACGAGCACGGACCCCAAACCCAUCAACGACUGGGUCAAGGACAAGACCAACGGGCGCAUUCCGUCUCUUUUCGAUGGUGCGCUGGACCCCCUCACCGUGCUGGUGCUGGUCAACACUGUGUUCUUCAAAGGCUCGUGGGCAACAGUCUUCGACGUCAAGCUCACGAAGAAGUCAGAGUUCAAAGGCUUUACAGCAGCUCUCCCAUGCGACAUGAUGUAUAAGAAGGAGAAGAAUGUAGCGUACACCGAGAAUGAUGCGUUUCAAGCUGUGCGACUUCCAUACAACGACGAGAAAACUUGGGCAACCAUCAUCCUCCCCAGAAAGGAGGGUGCAGCGGCUUUGUCCGAAGUGGCUAUUUCACUGGAGAAAACCUGGGAAUCCUUGAGCGGGAUGCGCGGCGUGGAAGUUGAGCUAAGUCUUCCUCGCUUCCGCCUCAGCGCCGGUGGUUCCAUCACCACUGCGCUACGGGAGCUCGGCUUGAAGGAGACCUUCGACUCGAAUGGUGGCUUCCUGAAGAUGUCGGACGAUCCACAGGUGCACCUGAGCGAGGUGGUGCACAAGGCGACCCUGGAAGUCAAUGAGGAGGGAACCGUCGCCGCAGCAGCAACUGGCGCAGUGAUGAUGACCAGGUGUCUCCCGCCGCCCGCAGUGCCGAUGACAGUCGAUCGGCCUUUUCUCUUCAUGCUCAGCGACAGCGAUGGUACGAUUUACUUCCUUGGCCAGAUAGUGACGCCAGAGCUUGCAGGGCUCGAGGCAUUCCAGCGUCUCAUCGAUCCUUUCGUUAGCGGCGUCUACGCCGGAGAUCCCUCCACGUUGUCUGCUGAAGCUGCAACCGGUCGUGUUCAGGUGCUCGAGAAGAAAGCAGGCUCCCUCGUAGCCGGGGCCAUCCAGCUCUUCCAGGAGAGAGGGGCCGAGAAAAAAGAAGCCCGCGACCCACGCUUGCCAGAAGUGAAAGGCCAGACUGUCGGAUCCUUCCGGGAGGGCCUGAAGCAGUUUAGCGAUGCUUUGUGCGCAGACAUCGACAGCAAGGGCAGCCCCGUGCAGCUCAACUGGAAGCUCAAGCAGCUGGCCUUCGACGAGCAAAGCCAGGUCCACGUGUUGGACUACGACACCCCAAAGGGUGCAGUUCGGUUGCGAAGUCGGUCUGUGGUGCUCACUGCACCGAGCUACGUCACAGCCGAGCUCCUGCGCCCGGUGUGCGCUCCAGCUGCUGAGACGCUGUCCGCAAUCCGGUAUCCUCGUGUUGCGGCUGUGACUGUGGAAUACCCCAGAAGUGCUUUUCGAGAGCCUGCACACGGUAAGGGCAUCGUGAAUGGCUUCGGCCAGCUGCACCCGCGAACACAGGGCAUUCGAACCCUUGGGACGAUCUACUCCUCGUCUCUCUUUCCGAACCGAAUGCCUGACGAUGACAAAAUCAUGCUGCUGCAUUACAUAGGUGGUGCCCGGGACCCGGAGUUGUACGGCGGCAUCCAGGACCUGACAGAAGGAGAGCUGGUGGAGGCGACGCAUCGCGACACAGUGCAGACCAUGCUCCACCCGACUGAGGCCAACAACCUCCCCACAGCAUUGGGCGUCCGCGUCUGGGAUCGUGCGAUUCCGCAGCUGGAGAUUGGCCACAACAAGCGCCUGACAGACGUGAAAGAGAGCCUUGCCGAUGCCGGCGUGAAGGGAAUGUAUCUCGCAGGCAACUACGUCGGCGGUGUUGCGCUGGGCCGUUGUGUGGAGUUUGGCAUCGAGAUUGCCAACGAGGUGGUUGACUUCAUCAAAGUGGACGCAAAGCAGCCCACGCCGGCGUGA